AUGGGCAGGUUGGCCAGGUCCGAGUCAAUCGUUGAAUUUUCGGCACAAUGGAGCCGCGCUGCUAAAGACCCCACCUUCGAGGGCGAAAUAGCAGAGGAUGGCAGGCAACUGAAGCUCUUCGAUUGUCGCUGGUGGUGCAUGAGGCUGGCGUUCGCGGACAAAACUCAUUUCCCAGAAAGCGACGUCAACGACAUCGUCAGCGCGAACCUUCGAGCUCUCUUGGUGCACUGCCGUGACGGGGAUGUUUCUGUGAGGAAACAUGCGCACCAUCUUCUUGGCAACUAUGGGUUUGGUGGCCUGCCUUUUGUGAAGCAGAUGAUCGCCGAAGCCAUGCUUGACCAGAUGGAAGACCUGUUGCCAGAGUCUGCCGAAAUCAGCAAAGAGGCCUUGAAGCAGGCAAUGCAGUGUGCAGAGCAUCUUACCCGCGUUCUGCGCGCACUGACGAAGCCUCAGCGUCAGAAGUGGGUGUCCCUGCUGGUCAGAGCCCUCCAAAGUGAGGAGUCAUUUCAGGCCCAAUUCCAGGAGACCCUGUUUUCUGACCUGAAGCUCCUGUGGCGAGUUGACGACGAUCCCAGGCGAACCUAUGCGGAAGCAGAGCAGCAACUGAAGGCUUUCUCAAAGCAUGCCAACAGAGAAUUGCGGGGAGAGAUUUGGAGGCUCCACAACUGUUGA